ACCUGCUUCGGUUUGGGCGCCCGAGAAGUAUCACAGCCCUCGCACAUAUCAAAUGAGAUAUGUGUAGCGCAUAUGUAUUUGGUGCCUCCUUAUACCAAUAUCUAUGUGUUAAAAUAAAUAAAUAUUCCGUAUUAAACUUUUAAUUAAUGAUUGUUAGUUUAGCACUACAAACUGAACUAUGUUAGAAUACUCCUAAUCUCAAACAGUAAUACAUUGAUUAAUAUGCAUCAUUAAGCGUACUUUAUGAAUUUAGGAAUCAUUCAAUAGGAUCAACCUGAUUUCUUGUUCACUUUUAUCUCUAACUAAAAGUUAAAACUAUCACGAAUAAAGUAAAGCGCUUUUUGUUUCGAUUACCUUGUUAUAGGUAUCGUUAGAAACAAAUAGUCAACUAUAGACUUUUCAAACUACUAUUAUUGCUAUUAAUGUUACAUAGUACAUUCUCCUUCUCUCUCUCUGAUAUUAAAUCACUCAUCAAUUUUCUGUUCUACUUUUUCUGAAAUAAAGUUUACUUCUGAUAAUUGGAGUUAUAUAAGCGGUGACUUACGUAACAAUUUGUAUCAACGUCUAAAAAUGACCCAUUUAACACUAGUUCUUUAAAUAUUCACGUAGAUUUCCUGGCUAUACAUACAUUUAUCCCUUCAUCAUUCCUUUUCAGUUCUGUAGAUGUAUAUACUUCAUUGGUUCCUCGUUGAAAGUUUAUCGAAGUUUGGUAAUAUGCCUAUAGAACAAUUGUUAGUUCAAUCUAUUGAUGAACUUGCUAGUCAAAUUGAAUUAGCUCAUCAAAAUGGGCGUCAUGUGUUCGUUUACUUUUCUGGUUCAACUGAUAUGAACACUGGGGAUAGUUGGUCGGAGGAUUGUUGUAAAUGUGAAUCUAUUCUAGAAAGUACGAUUGGAGUUGCUAAAGAUAGUGAUUUAUUUUUGAUGGUUGAAGUUGGCAACGAAAAGGAGUGGAAUGAUUCUAAUAACAAAUUUCGAAUUCAUCCACUUUAUCAAGUUAAAGAGUUGCCUACAUUACUAUCAUUAUCAUUUUUAAACGGACAAAAACAUAUCGUUAAUCGUCUUGAUGGUAAAUCAUGCUUAGAUUCAACAAAUGUGCAAAAUUUAUUUGAAGGCAAUUGA